AUGGAGGCAAUGAGCGGGCUGCUGGGCCUGGUGUGCCGGCUGUGGCUGGCCGUCUGCGUGAUCCGGCUGAAGGCGGAUUUGAUUACCCACUUAAAUCUUCCAAAACCAGACAUUCCUUCCACCCCGUGCGUCUUUCCAUUCACCUAUGCCGACGUGACGCACUACAACUGCAUCUCUGUCCACAGCGACUUUGACUGGUGUUCUCUGGACGGUCAGUUCCAGGGCAGGUGGCGGUACUGCCUGUCCAGUGAUCCCCCCCAGUGCACUUUUCCCUUCUUCUUCAAAAAGAAGGUCUUUUACCAGUGCACCAAGGAGGACUACAUUCUGAACCGGAGCUGGUGUUCACUGACGAAAAACUACAACAAAGACAAGAAAUGGAAGCAGUGUUCCCCUCGGAAGUAA